CUGUACUGUAUCGUGCAUUCUGUUCAGUGUCACCAUGGCUGCCGCGACCUGGACGAGCCACUGUCGAAAUGUGAUACAAGGUGCACGGAAGAAGGUAUUGCCUUUGACAGCUGUGCCCAAGGGUGUCAUGCGGUUGAACAUGCUUUCUUAGUUCAAGUACAAGCGCUUCUUUAUCAAAUCACAGUCACGAUUGAUGCCCUUGACGACAGCCUACGACUACGAUGGCAGUUCCCCGAAACAGUGUACAAGAAGUCGCCGCCGCUGACGUUGGUUGGUAUGCUCAGAGCAGACCUUCCAAUGGAAAGACAGGCUGGAAAUGGACCGCCUUACCUGCAACGCUACCGCAGCCGUAUUGGAGUGUCGCGGGCUAUCACCUACCAAAUGCCAUUGCGUGUGGUUCCCAGUCGACUUGAGAUCUCGUCACAACUGCAGUUAGCUGUCGAUAAGGUGGCAAUAUGUUGGAAAGCUGAAGAAUCCAUGAAACAGUUCAAAAUCGCUCUGGCCACUCUCGAUGGGAAUUCCCUCUUUACGGAUACUACUGAUACGAGAUGCUACCUGUUGGAAUCACUCCCGAAAGAGAACUGUUGUCGCGCAACUGUGACUGAUGUCACCACCGAAGAGCAGCCGCAAUCAGCAAGCGUGAAACUGGAUGUAAUUCAACCGCCAGCUCCUCCUCCUGAGGAAUUAGUUCCUACGCCGACUCGUCUUGUUCUUUCAACCGGCACACAUCUUCUGCAAAUGAGAAAUACUGACGAUUACAUCGUGUCGGAGGAGCCUCUAGCGGUUCCGUUUGAAAUACCUGAGGGCGAUUCUAUUACAAGUGUCGAGGGCAUUUCAUCCAGUUCGCUGGUAGUUGGAAGCAGUCGGGGAUCGGUAUGGUUGCUUUCGUUGGAAUAUAAUGACACCGCCAUCUACACCACGCCGACCGUCAUUCGCCAGUCAGAGGAGGCUGAACAUGCUGCCACGCAGAUCGAAUACGGUAAGCUUCCUCUUAAAACCAUGCCGAGGCGAACCACUCGUUGGUAG